GGUGCUGCCGCAGAACAGCUGAACAAGGUGUUGCAAAAGGGCUACCAGAACAGCGCUGCAGCAUCUGCAAGCUCCUCUGCUAGCUCGACGAGGACGCGCUUUGGAUCAGAAGAUCCCCUGGAUGUUUUCAUGGCAGAAUUGAACAACCAGGUCAAAUCGGACAUGGCUUCAAUCGGAAAGAAGAGUGAGGUGAAGAGUACCACGGUCGACAAAGACAAAGCUGGAGCUAUGAAAGGAGCCAUUCAGCACCAGCUGAAGCAAAGGUAUCGAGCAAAGCUGCAGCAGAUGCGUGGCCCCAGAAGUGGUUGA